AUGACAGUGACGUACUCACGCAGAGUUGCUGAUGCAGGUCUGGGCACCUUCUUUAACCUGCUUCUGCGUUGGAAGGGCAGCAUCUACAAACUGCUCUACAGAGAGCUCAUCAUCUUCACUCUGCUCUAUUACUUCUUCAGUAUUGUUUAUAGGUUUGUGUUAAACAAUGACCAGAAGAGGCUGUUUGAGAAGCUGUCAAUAUACUGCGAUCGCUAUGCAGAGCUCAUCCCUGUGUCGUUUGUGUUGGGUUUCUACGUGACUUUGGUCGUAUCUCGUUGGUGGGGCCAGUUUGAGAACGUACCCUGGCCAGACCGUUUGGCGGCGUUGGUAGGAGGUCACGUCCGCGGAGCUGACGAGGCCUCCAGGCUGACCCGUCGAACGCUGAUGCGGUACGCCAACCUCUCUGGUGUGCUCAUCUACCGCUCUGUCAGCACAGCCGUCUACAAGAGGUUCCCCACCAUGGAGCAUCUGGUGCAGGCAGGUUUGAUGACGUCUGAGGAGUUGAGGCACCUAGAGGAUCUGCCAUCUCCACAUAACAAGUUCUGGGUGCCCUGCAUGUGGUUCGUCAGUCUGGCUCUGAGAGCACGGACUGAGGGUCGCAUCAACAACGACGUGGCGCUCACGGCCAUCCUCACUGAGUUGAAUAGUUUACGGGCAAAGUGUAUGAAGCUGUACGGUUAUGACUGGAUCAGCCUGCCUCUUGUCUAUACUCAGGUGGCGACGGUAGCAGUCUACAGCUUCUUCCUGGCCUGUCUGAUUGGUCGUCAGUUCUUGGAUCCGGCUCAGGGUUACGCCGGUCACGAUCUGGACUUCUACCUGCCUGUUUUCACCCUGCUGCAGUUUUUCUUCUAUGUUGGUUGGCUCAAGGUGGCUGAGCAACUCAUAAAUCCUUUUGGUGAAGAUGACGAUGACUUUGAAACCAACUGGCUUGUUGAUCGCAAUUUACAGGUGUCCUUGUUGUCUGUGGAUGAGAUGUACGACAGCCUGCCGCUGGUUGAGAGGGACAUGUACUGGAAUGAGUCUGAACCUCAGCCUCCCUAUACAACUGCCAGUGCUGAACAUCGCAAACCCUCCUUCAUGGGCUCAGCUUUGGACAUCAGUGUUCCUAAGGAGGAGAUGGAGUUCCAGUCCAAUCUGGAGCAGAUCAAAGAAAAUGAGGAAGCUAACUACUCCACGCCGCUGCUUGGAGGGUUGGGUCGUCUUCUCGGUGUCCAGUCCCCGAACUUCCCUCGCUCCUCCCGGGUCUCUCUGCUGCGUCGCCGCCCUGGAGCGCCGCUAAGUCGCUUCCCUCUUUACCUGCACCCAGAGGCGCCAUCGACUCCAGGUCAAGGCCGCCCGCCUUUAAGCCAGGAUCCGGACUACGCCUUCUCCACCUUGCCCUUAUAUGAGAGACCAGGUUUCUACAGCUGCCCACAAACACCCAUCCACUGCGUGCCCCCUGCGGUGCCCCGACCUCGACCCGCCCGGAGAACCCAGAAUGAGUGGGAUCGCAGCUGUAGCUCCCUGGCCCCUCCAAUGGUGGGCUCACAGCUGCUUCCUCCCGACACCCCUAACCACGUCCCCCCACCACCGUCCUCUGCUUUCCCCUGGCUGAGUGAGGAUGGUGAGACUCAGAGCGCCCCUACCUUCUCCUUCCCCGACCCUCCACCUGAACUCUGUCCGAUAUCUAAACUCAGACCGGGACACGGCCUGCUGUCUCGCCGCCCUCCCCCUCCUCGCCUCACUCUGGACACCCUCCCAUCAGCUGACAGCCAGCCUGGACCCCCAAGUGCUCGGGCCGCAGGAGGCGGAGGAGAAAGGGUGUUCUCGUUCAGUCCUCCCUCUCGCACGGCGCCAGCAAAUCCCAGUAAUCCCAACAGCAGCUCUAGCAGCAUUAAUGCAACAAGCACCAACAGCGCUGGCACGACGGGAAGUCUCUGCAACGGUACAGGUCACGGUAAUUUUAGUAACCAUGGGAACUUCAGCGCCAACAUGAGGGCGAGCAAUGGGGGCACCAACGGCGGGCUGAGCAAUAACAUGAACACUGUUUCCACUUCAGCGCCAUCGCAGCAAGAAACCAAUCAGCAAAACUCACCCAAUGAUUCAGGGAUCUCAUUGGCUGAAGGGGACCUGCUGGGUGUUCUGGUGGACGGUGGGGCGAACAAGGCGGCAGGAGGGAGGGAGCAGGACUCAGAAAAGAAGGUGUGA